CCCUCACAUUUCCAAUACACAACAAGAGCAUCAUGUAUGUUGGAUGUGUCAGCUAGUAACAAUAUCACUGUGACUGUGCUCAGCUCAGAUCAAUAGUCCACCGGUUUCUGUUGUUCUUAAAACAUGGAUGUAUAAAAACACUUGAACUUGAGUAAAGGGGAAAAAAUGGGAACUGAAUUCAAGAACUUCCACCAGUUUGUUUUGACCUUGAAAGUCACAAAGAUGGAGAAGAGGAAAGAUUUUAUAAGAAUUAUAUUUUAAUGUCAGAUGAUUGAGUAGCUGGUAACCAUGGCAAUCCAGCGAGAGUUGAGUAACCAAGAGGAACUUGUCCAUCAGUUAGAUCCUGAACCAGUCUUUGAUUAUCUGUUGCAACACAGAGCUUUGGACCAGUCUACAGUUGAGGUGAUCAGAGAUGAAGAGAAGCUUGCAGACAGGAAUAUCAAGCUCCUGCAGCAUCUUGAAGAACUAGGCAAUCCUGCUGUUGAGUUAUUCAUAAAUGCCUUACGUCAGUCUGGUCAGAUGCAUUUAGCCAGUUCUCUUGAUGUGGAACACAGAAUUAAACCUGUGUAUGGGAAAGGGUACUGGGAGAAACAGAGAUACAAAGGCCAAAUAACCAUAUCAUUCCAGUUGGUCGCAGCUAAAGUUAUGGUGCGUAAAGAUUCCGCGGAGGAUAAGUCUCCCAAAAUAGUUGAUAUUAAUGCAAUGUUAACUCCUUUUAAAGUAAAACAUUCCUAUGAAAAUAUGACGCGUUUUGAAGAUGAAGGGACUGAGCCGAAAGCUCGUAAAAUUCUAGAGUACUCUUACGAUGAGGAUGACGAUAAAUCUUCUUGUUGCUGGUGCUGCCUGCCUUUCUUCUGUUGUGCUCCAAAUUCACGUAAGAAAAAGAAACAAGAGUACGAAAAAAGUGCUAAUUCAGUAAUUGUGACCUCUAAAAUUGGUGCUCACUUAGAAAAAAGUAGUUCUGAUAUUUCAUUAAACUUUUGUGAUGUUAUGGUAUCCUUGCCUUCACAACCUGCAUCCCCAAUUAAAAGUGGAUCAACUUUUUUCAAAACACGAAAAAUGUCUCCAACGAGUGAGUUAAGUUCCAGUCCAGAAAGUCCAAUGUCUUUGUUGCCAAAGUCAGAUUCAGUAGACAGGAACUCGAACAAUCAAUUAAACGAGGCAGUAGUUAACGCAUCCCCUGUAACUGACACUGAUGUUGUGUUUCGUGUUAACGAAGAGGAUGUCAGUUUUAAAAGUACGAAAUCUGAAAAAGUUGAGAAGCCAAAGAAGAAAAAUAGUGCGAGGAAAACAACUAGUGAUUCUAUGUUGGAAAUAAAAAAUCAGAAAAAUGGUCAUAUAAAUAAUGAAGGGAAAGGUCAGAGUAUUUCUGAUAAUAAAGAAAACAGUGAUCCACUGAUAAUUGGACUUGAAGGAAACAUUAAAGAUAAAAAUGGGAAAUGUAAGCCAAAGAUUUCUCCACCUAAGUCAUUAAAAACAGUAAAGUCAAAAGGAAUGACGCGAUCAGAGACAUACGAGCUAGUGGAGCGAUGGAAAAGUGAAGGAUUUGCAUAUCAGAUGGCCCGGGACCAGUUCUUUUCUUUUUUUGAUAGCAAUAUCCAGAGUCGUAUAGUACGAUAUUUUGAACAAGAACGUAGUACUCUUGUACUGCAAAUUAGUGUUAGUGAUAAAAUGGCAGUGUGCACGAUUUGUAUGACGACGAAGGAAGUGCGAAAGCUGCGAGAGGAUUACGAGAUGGGUGUACUCCAUGAUGAACUUGUGCAAUGUGUUGAUCCACAAAAUGUUGUCGAUAAAUUGGAAUGUUGUGCAAUUCAUCUAAGAACUGUUAUCGAUGAUGAAGACUUUGCUUUAUCAUAUCAAGAACUAAGUUAGGACAAUGAUUACAAGGAUGGCAUCAGUCAGUGUUCAUAGGGGAUAUUAUGAUGGUUUGGUGUUCACAUGUUUAAUUUAUGAAUUAUGUUAAAAGCAAAGCUAGCUUUAAUCUAUGAAUCAUGGCUUUGUUAAAAAAAGCAAAGCUGGCUUUACUUGCAAACACCUGAAUAAUAAAUCCAUGUAAAGUCAUGGACAAACAAAGUCAACUUGUAUAUAUCAUCUUUAUUUAUACAUUUCAUUUGUCUCUAAUUUUAACAAAAACUUAAUUCACUAGUAAAAUCUAGCUUGACAGUAAAAAAGUUAUGUACAAAAUUUGGAUGCAAGAUUAGUCUAAGAUGAUCUUAUGGAUUUUUAGUUUUAAACAGUAGUUUUUUGCAUUGUUUAUUUGCACACCUUUUGUAUUUCUAGUUACUAGAGUUUUUGUUUGCCACAUAUAGUUUUAAGAUUUCCUACUUAUGAGUGUGUCUGUAAUUUGUAUUAUGCUGCAAGAAUCUACAUUAUCCUUCAGAAACAAACUUCUUUUGAAAAUUAUACUGUUUAAAUUUUGGUUUUAGAGAACAGUGUUUUUUUUUUCUCACUUUUGGGGAAGGGGUUUGAUGCCUUUGGAGGGGAAAAUGGAAUAGGAGGGGAAUUUAUUUCUUCACAAAUGAGGAGAAAAGAAAAAGAAUUCAGUGCAUAUUUUAUUAUACCACUUACCACUGUAAGAUUUACUGUUGAUGUGACAUUGUAUUCUUUUCGGUAGAAAAGGGGAGCAACUCUCGCAACACAAGUUGAAAAUACGUCCCUUUUUUUUAAUAUACGGAUUUAAAAUAUCGACAGCAGACACCGGAAGUAGCUCCCCUUACUUAUCGGGAACGAUUUGUAAACAACCUUGCUUAACAGUAAGUCUUACAGCCAUAUAAUCAAACAUUUUUUGGCAGUUAGUUGCAAAAAAUGAUAUUCAUUACAGGCAAAUUUAGGCUGCCAUAAGGGGGAAAAUUUUUGCUUUGAAGAGGGAAAAAAACAUACUAUUUUGAGGAGGGAAUGAGGUCGAAUUUUGCAGAAUAUUUUGUUGAACAAAAACACUGGAUAAUGUAAGAUGCUUGUAACCUGAAGAAAGUAGUGAUAAAUUUGAAACAUGUCCUUAAAAAUAGCAAAAUGUAAACAAAUUAUUAUUUUGAAUUCCAUACAAAAUACUAAUUCACAAUAAUUACACUUGUUGACAAAAUGCAACAAAUGAAAAAGAUGGUUCAGGUAAUAGGCCAAUGAGUAUCUUUUGGAUACUAUAAAAGUACACCAAAAUUAUAAAGUUUUUGAGAAAUAAAAAUAAAAGCAUUUCUGAGGCAUAAUGGGCAUUUAAAUAUUCUCUAGUAACAUUGCGAUAUAUUAUAUUAAUGUAAUUAUUAUCAUGAUAAUAUUAUAUUAAUAUUAUUAUUAUUUUAAGUAUUAUUAGUGUCAUUCAAAAUAAGACUAGCAAAUUAAGUUAGAAUAUUAUACAUAACCAAAAGAUGUCUUUAAAUAUAUAGAAAUGUUUUAACACAUAUGAUUUUAACAUAUUAUUCUUUUUCAACUGUAUUUCAGUUUAUUUGAAAUGGCUAUUAAGAUAUACAUGUACUUUUAUAAAUGAUGGCAUAGUUUUAGAUAGAUUCUUAUUAUGAAUUUUGUUUUAUUAAGAAUUUAUUUGUUUUUAACUUUAAAAUACUACUAUUACUAGGAAAAAAUAGUGACAGAAAAACUAGUGACAAAUCUUUGUCAGGGCAGUAUCCAGGGUUACCAGAAGGGAAAAGUCAGGGCUGUCACAAGGUUACCACAAGGGAGCAGUCUGUCAGGAUACAACAUUAGGUUUUAGGGAAACACUUAUCUACCUGCAGAUACAGAUAUAGACUGACUCGGCCAUUUACUGGCAGAAUAGGUCUGUCACUAUUGUUUCUGUCACUUACAUUAUAAGUAUGUGGGGAAAAGAGUUCUAAACAAAUAAAAAAAGACAUGUUAUUUCAAUACAAGUUAUUCCAUUGAAAACAAUGGAAUUACAAUGUUUCUAUAUUUAUUCUAUACAGACAUAAAUUACCUCUGUAUAUCAAACAUGUUAUUUUGUUUUCAUUUGACAUACAUUUUGUUUGUUGUUUUAUUUCAAUCAGUAUUGUCUUUUAAAUGGUAGUCAGUUAUUUUACAAAAUGUUGGCCAAAAUAUUGUGGUCCAAUUCUUAGCAUUUCUUUCUCAUUUUAAAAGUUGUUCUUUCAGUUCAAAUUGUUGUCUCUUGUUUUGUUUUGAUUAAAUGUUAAUUUGAGUGUCAUGUUGAACAAAUUAUGUUGUGAUGCCGAAUGUCUUCAUGCCUAUCUGUAUACAAUUUUAUGUGCACUCUUCUCCAUUUAAGCCCAUUUAAGGAUAGGUAAGUAGCCACUAGUAAAGAAUCAGGCCAGCAUGCACAUGAGUUCAGUCAAAAAAAGGGGGGGGGGGAAGCUGGGCAAGUCCAAUAAAAAAAAUCAGCAGGCAAAGAGUCAGUGUCUAAUUUCCAUAUCAAUCUUAAAGCUGCAUGCCUCAAGAUGAGCCAUAAUAUUUCUAAGAUUUUAAGAAAAGUAAAUAGAUUCAAGUACAAUGUAAUAAUUUACAUGUUAAAUAUAUGUGCGAUAAAUGACUGAUUUGGCAGUUUUUAUCACCAUAUUUCUACUGCAUGACUAACACUAUAAGGGCUAUUUUUCAUAUUUUGAAUUCUUCUUGGUAAUUUACGUAGAUUGUAAGUGCUGUUUGCAAUGUGCAAAUUAUUUUCACAAUAAGACUUCACAAUAUUUU